AUGUAUAAUUUAUUAGAUGUCGACUUUUUCACAUUAUUGCAAACUGAUAUUAAUGAUUUUCACUCACAGGGCAAAGUGUUUAUUAUUGGUGACUGGAACUCACGCACGGGCGAUCGUGCAGAUUAUAUUGUAUGUGAUCGAAACAUUGAUUUAAUUGUCGAUGCCAACUAUUUACCUGAUAUUCCCUUGUCACGUGACUCAGUUGAUAACGUUUGUAAUAUGUUUGGUUUAAAAUUAAUUGAGCUAUGUAAAUCUACGUGUUUACGGAUUGCUAACGGUCGAUUAUAUAAUAGUAAUGAUUUUACAUUUACUUGUCAUACAGGUUCAAGUGUUAUUGACUAUUUGUUAUUGUAUAAUAGUGACAUGUAUUGUGUAAACGAUUUUACAGUCCACCCUUUUUGUGAAUGGUCAGAUCAUGCCAAGUUAUCAUUUAACAUUUUAUGUAAAACAGCAAUAGAUGUAAUUGACGAUGUGCAUAUUAAGAGAACCCAUGUUAAGUGGAACCCUGAUCUAACGGAAAGUUUCCGUAGAGGUAUUAUAGGAAAACUGCCGGACUUUAAUCGGGUUGUCAAUAAUAUUGACAAUAAUAAUCCAAGUACUAUAGACGCUAGCAUUGUCAAUUUUACGUCAAUUAUGCGAGAAAUCGCUGAUCCGUUAUUUAGUAAAACUAUUAAUCGUGUACAACAUCCCUACAGUUAUAGUGACCAUAACCCACUUUGUAAACAAGCAGACUGGUUUGACCAGGACUGCCGCAAUGCGCGUAAUGCUUAUAUAAACGCAUUAAACAAUUUUUAUCGGGUAAAAUGUGUAGAAACACGUCAUGAUAUGUGUACGAAAAAAACAAUUUAUAAACGACUUAUUCGAAAGAAAAAGCGUGCGUUCGAAGCAGCGAAAUGCCGUCAAAUUGUAAAUUUACGUUCUUCUAAGCCCAAAGACUUCUGGCGCUUGUUUAACAAAAAGAAAAAUAAUCCUGCGCGUUCUAUCGAUUUGGAUGAUUUUUUUAACUAUUUUUCGUCGUUGCAGGAAGAUCUUGUAUCUGAGAAUGAUCUAGAAACUGAUACAUUCUGUAAUGAUCACGAUUUUAACGAUACGUCAUGUACUUUCGCUGAACUGGAUUGUCCUAUUACAGUUGCUGAAGUUGAGUUUGCAAUUCGCGGGUUAAAAACUAAUAAAUCGUGUGCGGGUGACAACUUAAUAAAUGAGUAUUUUAUACAAACUGUUGAUAUUUUGAAGUGUUAUCUGGUCGAUAUUUUUAAUGCAAUAUUAAAUACUGGUCAUUUUCCUGCACAGUGGACAAAGGGUAUUUUAGUACCGUUAUUUAAGAAAAAUGAUCCUUCUGACGUAAACAAUUACAGAGGAAUCACUCUAGUAAGCUGUUUUUCUAACUCUUUACGAGCGUAG